AUGUGGGGCCAGGGUCACUUUUCUAAAGAGUCUGUGGCGGAAAGUGUGAGUUCUUCAGGAAUUGUCCAAAUGGAUGAGGAUACACAUUACAAUAAAGUUGAAGAUGUGGUUGGAAGUCACGUAGAAGAUGCGGUAACAUUUUGGGCCCAGAAUAUCAAUAGAAAUAAGGAGAUCAUGACGAUUGGUUGUUCACUGUCUAAAGUUUGUCCCCUUGCCAAUUCAGUUUUUGGUAAUCUUGAUCCAAAGAAGGGCAGAACCUUUUUGGGGAGCUUGAUUUUUGAAAAGGAAAUAAAAAUGAGAAUUAAAGCAACCUAUCAAGAUGGAACAGUUAUUGCUCAGGCUGAGUAUGGCAGUGUGAAUAUAGGCGAAGAGGUGGCUAAGAAAGGAUUUGCGGAAAAAUGGAAACUCACUUCCACCACUAACGUCUGUGAGGAAAAAAAAUUGGAACCUGGUCAGUUUGCUCUCAGGAACCUCAAAAGCCCCAUUCCCUUGUGGGGACAUAGAUCAAAUCAGUCAACCUUCAGCAGACCGAAGGGGCGCUUAAGUGGGAGGCUGGCUCUUGACUUGAAGAAUGAAAAUGAUGCAGGAAAUCAUAUGACAUUUCCAAAGGAAAGUUUGGCUGUUGGUGACUUUAAUUUAGGGUCUAAUGUCAGCCUGGCAAAAAUUAAACAGGACCAGAAACUGAUUGAAGAAAAUGAAAAGCUUAAAACAGAGAAGGAUGCUCUUUUUGAAAGUUAUAAGGCAUUAGAAUUGAAAGUAGAACAGACUCUCCAGGAGCUGCAGCAAGAGAAAGCAGCUGCUGUGGAUUUGACCAAACAUUUAGAAAGCACUCUGAAGACUCGUGUAGGUACAAGAAUGAAAAAUCUGGCAGCUAAGGUGGAAUUAUUGAAAGAAAUCAGGCGUGCGAGCAUCAAUGUUCGUUUUGGAAAUGACCUUUCGGAUGCUAUACAAGUGUUGGAUGAAGGGUGCUUUACUACCCCACCUUCUUUGAAUGAAUUAGAGAUAAUUUGGGCACAAUACAAUCAGGCUCAGGAGAAGAUUCAAACUUGUCAAAAUGUGAGUGAAGGGAAUAUUUUGGUUGCGCAAAGAAAUGAAGUGCAACAGAAGCUGUACAUGGCAGUUGAAGUUUUUAUUCUGGAUGUAGAUGAAUUACCUCUUAAUAAACGCUUAAAAACAUUGCAGUCUGAUGACCAUGAUGGAUCUGAAAUUGAAAAAAUAAAACAAGAAAUAACUGAGUUACGCAAUAGUGUCUUUCAGGAAAUUUAUCAUGAGAGAGAAGAAUAUGAGCAUGGUGAUGCAGACAAGGAGAUCAUUUUAAAUAUGUAUAGUCAAGUACUGCAAAAGAUCCGUUCAGAGGAAAAGCUCAUUGCCACAGUACAAUCUAAGUACAAGGACAGUAUUGAGAACUCUGGUGGUCUUUUUACUAUGAGCUUGGAACGGGAUCUUCUUGAUGCUGAGCCCAUGAAGGAACUUAGCAGCAAACGUCCUUUGGUAUGUUCUGAGGUUAAUGGGCAGAUAAUUCUUUUAAAGGGCUAUUCUGUGGAUGUUGACACAGAAGCCAGAGCGAUUCAGAGAGCAGCCACCUAUCACAGAGCUUGGAGAGAAGCUAAAGAAGAGUCAGGGUUACUACCAUUGAUAUUCCUGUUUUUGUGCAAGUCUGAUCCUAUGGCUUAUCUGAUGGUCCCAUACUAUCCUAGGGCAAACCUGAGUGCUAUUCAAGCCAGUAUGCCUUUAACUUCAGCAGAAGCUUUAAAGGUCAUGAAAGGUGUUGCCCAGGGCCUGCAUACAUUGCACAAGGCUGACAUAAUUCAUGGAUCACUUCAUCAGAACAAUGUGUUUGCUUUAAACCGUGAACAAGGAAUUGUUGGAGAUUUUGACUUCACCAAAUCCGUGAGUCAGCGAGCUUCAGUGAACAUGGUGGUUGGUGACUUGAGUCUAAUAUCACCUGAACUGAAAAUGGGAAAGCCUGCUUCUCCAAGUUCAGACUUAUAUGCUUAUGGCUGCCUUUUAUUAUGGCUUUCUGUUCAAAAUCAGGAGUUUGAGACAAAUGAAGAUGGAAUCCCAAAAGUGGAUCAGUUUCAUUUGGAUGAUAAUGUCAAAUCCCUGCUCUGUAGCUUGAUAUAUUCUAGAAGUUCAAUGACAGCUGAGCAAGUUUUGAAUGCUGAAUGUUUCUUGAUACCAAAGGGAAAAUCAAUUCCAAACCCGGAAAAAGAUAUUGAAUAUACCCAAUAUAGAGAGAAAGAAGAAUUAAAGUUGGAGAACUUGGAUAAAUAUGAGGAAAAGACAAGAAAUGGUGAAGCCAACUUUGACUGA